GAAGAUGGCUGCGGCGGAGGCGGCGGCGGACCCUCAGCUGAUGCUCGGAGUCGCGCUGAUCGAAAAGGACACGAACGGGGAAGUUCUGUGGGCCUGGUGUUACCCCUCCACCACAGCCAGCACCAGGGCUCUACUGCUGAGGAAAUGCUGCCUGACAGCCGAGAACCAGCUCCUCCACCCCUUUGUCUUUGGGCAGCACCGCAGAAUGUGGUUUUAUAUCACCACAGCUGAAGUGCCAGAUUCUUCCGUUUUGAAAAAGGUGACUCAUUUUUCUAUUGUUCUGACUGCCAAAGAUUUUAACCCAGAGAAAUAUGCUGCCUUCACUAGGAUAUUGUGUAGAAUGUAUGUGAAGUAUGGCAGCCCGAUCCGGAUGAUGGAGAGCUACAUUGCAGUACUCACAAAAGGCAUGUGCCAGAGCGAAGAGAAUGGUUCCUUUCUCAGCAAGGACUUCGAUGUGCGAAAGGCUUACCUCGCCGGCUCCAUCAAAGACGUCGUGUCCCAGUUUGGAAUGGAGACUAUCAUCCUAUACACUGCCCUGAUGCUCAAGAAACGGAUUGUUGUCUAUCACCCCAAAAUAGAAGCUGUCCAGGAGUUUACAAGGACUUUGCCUGCCCUGGUAUGGCACCGACAGGACUGGACCAUCCUCCACCCUUUUGUGCACCUUCAGGUGGAUGAGCUGGAAGCCCUGCAGGUGUGCACAGGUUACGUGGCUGGCUUUGUGGAUCCAGAGGUGAGCAACCGGCCAGACCUCUAUGAUGUAUUCGUGAACCUUGCAGACAGCGAGAUCACCAUUGCUCCACUAGCCAAAGAGGCCAUGACAAUGGGCAAACUGCACAAGGAAAUGGGUCAGCGGAUCAUCCAGUCUGCAGAAGACCCAGAGAAAUCAGACAGCCAAGUCAUCCAGGAUAUUUCCCAAAAAACCAGAGAAAUCCUCAGCAUCUUGAUGCCAUUUUUGGAAGCCCCAGGGGAUGGAGGAAAGCAGGUGCUCAACCUCGAAGCCCUAAAGCAGCGACGGUUUCCCUCAGCCACAGAGAACUUCCUUUACCUCCUCGCCGCAGCCGAACAGAUGCUGAAAAUAUGACAGUUAUGGCUGGUCCUGUGCCUCGGGCUUAUUGUGCUCCUGAGACUGUGUGAUGUAAAGUCACACCAGAGUGUCCUGUCUCUCAUGAUCUGUUGGAAGGAAUCACGAUUUGACUGGGGAAAGAAAAAAAAGCACUGAAACACAAUAUAAACAUUCUUGACUCUCUUUGAGUCCUGUAUCCUGCCAGGUGGAACAAGGCACUGCCACUUUGUACAGUGGCCAAAGUUCCCAGGGCCCUGGCACAUGGCAUUUGCCCUGUGCAAAUCGUCACAGACCUGAAAAGCCUUCAUUGCUCCUAAGUUCCCAGUUCCACAAACUGGUUCAUUCCAAGAAAGCUGCCUGAAAUGUUGCUUGGUCUUCUAGAAAGAACUUGAAUUCUGCGCAAGGAACUCUUCUCUCUGAGCCAGACAAGAGUCCCUGCCACCGCACUUUCUUGCAAAAGAAGACUUUUUUUUUUUU